AUGAUUUGAAUAAAAUUCCUAGGAGUUUUCUUAAUAAGUAUAGGCUGCUUUGUAAUCUUCCGUAUAAACAAACACCUUUUGUGUUUAUUUGUAGGGCUUGAAAUAAUAAGACUAGGCUUGUUGUUUGUAACCCAUGUGUUUCUAAUAAAUCAGUUUUGGUUAAUUUUACUAAUUCUAUGUUUAGCUGUUUGCGAAGCCAGAAUUUGCUUGGCCCUUCUGGUUAUGGUGAUGCGACUAUGCGGAGACGAUUUGAUGUCAAGGUUACUAAGAGAUGGUUCGUAA